AUGCAGUUUGAGUCCCAGGAUUGACACUUCCCCGUUACCUAAGAGCUAAUACUAAUAUUAUUAGUGUAAUUACCCACAAUAAUAAAACCCGCAAUCUAGAAGAUUAAAGUUUGAAGACAAGGAGCUUACUCGCUAGAUUUGGAAUGAGGAGGAUGAGGAUGCUGGAAUCUGGAUCUAGUGAGAAGUGCGACAGAUGGAAGAUGGGUACAGCAAGCAAUCGCCAAAGGGAGAUACAAAAUCAAAAAAAAGGGAAAGAAGAUGGAGCAAUCGAUAGAUGGAGAAGAUGGGUAGAGGAGCAAUCGGCAGAUGAGGACACCGGAAAAUUUGCUACUGCUACAGACACCAUCACACCAUCAAAAUCCAUCAAGUUUCCUGAAUCUAUUAUCUCAAAUGGCAGGAAAUUCCAAUUGGGGUUUUUCAACCUCACUGAUUCUACUGAUCUUUUUGUAGGAAUAUGGUACUAUGGCAUUGAUCCUGCCAAUGGUGUUAUAUGGGUGGCCAACAGGGAAAAGCCGCUGAAGGACUCCUCCGGGAUUGUGAUGAUCACUGAAGAUGGCAAUCUUGUAGUCCUGAAUGGGCAGAAGGAGGUUCUUUGGUCAUCAAGUGUCCAAAACCUGGCAGCGAAAAACACAAGUGCUCAGCUUCAGGAUUCUGGAAAUCUUGUCCUGGUCGAUAAAACCACUGGGGUGAGCAUAUGGGAGAGCUUCAGGCAACCUACUAAUGUUGGAAUGCCAAGGAUGGAAGUCGGUCUUAAUAGGAGAACAGGUGAGAAGGUCCAGCUGACAUCCUGGAAAAGCGCUUCUGAUCCAUCUAUUGGGAACUUCUCAGCGGGGAUUGAUCCUUCCAGCAUUCCUCAAUUCUUUGUAUGGAACAAUUCUAAGCCAUAUUGGAGGAGUGGUCCGUGGAAUGGGAGGAUAUUUAUUGGAGUACCAGAUAUGCAUUCUUUUUCUCUUGAUGGGUUUAACCUUGUGGUUGACAAAGAAGGGUCCCUUUAUCUUACUUUUGCUUUCGCUGAUGAGUCUAAUUUGUUAGAUUUUCUCUUGGAUUCAGAAGGAAAACUGGUGGAACGAAUUUGGCAUCACCAUGAGAACCAUUGGGAGAUUAAACGGUCCAUCCCGGAAACUGACUGUGAUGUUUAUGGAAAAUGUGGGCCAUUUGGAAGCUGUGAUUAUUCUCAGAAGCCAAAAAUUUGCAGCUGUUUGAAAGGGUUUAAACCCAAAAAUGCAAAGGAAUGGGACAGAGGAAAUUGGACUAGUGGAUGUGUUAGAAGAACACCUUUGCAGUGCCAUAGAAAAGACAACGUCAGUGAAGUGGGGGAGAAAGAUGGAUUUCUGAAGCUGAAGAAUAUGAAAGUACCUGACUUUGUAGAGCGGUUCAUUAUCCAGGAAGUUGAAUGCAAAGAAAGGUGCCGGAAAAGCUGUUCCUGUAUUGCUUAUGCAUAUGAUGCCAAUAUAGGCUGUAUGACAUGGAAUGGAGCCUUGAUUGACAUGCAGAAGUUCUCCGGUGGUGGAGUAGUUCUCUACAUCCGUGUGCCAUACUCAGAACUAGAUAGAAAGGUUGGAAUGAUUGUGACAAUAUCAGGAAUUGUAGGAAUCACCAUCAUUUCCAUCUGUGCAGCGUUGGUUUGGAAACUAAUUGCAAAACGUAGGGCUCGGAAAGAGAGAAUCAAAGAUAUGAAAUUGUUUGAUAGAAGGAAAACAAGUUCAAAGUUUUCUAGUGAAAUGCGUGGAGACAGCAUCAAAGAACUCCAAGAGCUACCAUUGUUUAGCUUUGAAGAAGUAGCAAAUGCAACACAAAACUUUGAUCUUGAGAAUCAGCUAGGAAAGGGAGGUUUUGGCCCAGUUUACAGGGGAACAUUGCACAAUGGGCAGGAAAUAGCAGUGAAGAGGCUGUCAAGAGCCUCUGGACAAGGGUUAGAAGAAUUCAUGAAUGAAGUAUUGGUCAUUUCCAAUGUCCAGCAUCGAAAUCUUGUUAGACUCCUAGGCUGUUGUGUUGAUCACGAAGAGAAGAUUUUGGUCUAUGAGUACUUGCCAAACAAAAGCUUGGAUUCAUUCUUGUUCAAUCCACUCAAAAAUGAAUUACUGGAUUGGGGAAGACGUUUCAGCAUCAUUGAAGGAAUUAGUCGAGGUCUGCUUUACCUACACAGGGAUUCUAGACUACGAAUUAUUCAUAGGGAUCUAAAGGCAGGUAACAUCUUGUUGGAUGAAAGGCUGAAUCCAAAAAUUUCAGACUUUGGAAUGGCUAGGAUUUUUGGAGGGGAUGAAGAUCAUGCCAAUACUAGAAGGAUUGCUGGAACAUAUGGUUAUAUGCCCCCGGAAUAUGCAAUGGCAGGGUUGUUCUCGGAGAAAUCUGAUGUGUUCAGCUAUGGUGUUUUGCUACUAGAGAUUGUUAGUGGAAGAAGAAACUCAAGUUUUUACAAUGAUAAGCACUCUUUAAGCCUAGUGGGAUAUGCAUGGAAAUUGUGGAGUGAAGGCAACAUGUCAGCUUUGAUCGAUGAGGCGAUUUCUGAUCCCUGCCACCAUAGGGAGGCUCUUAGAUGCAUACAUGUGGGGUUGCUGUGUGUACAAGAGUUUGCAGAAGAUAGACCUACAAUGUCCAGAGUCAUUUCAAUGCUUAAUAGUGAGAUUGUGGAUCUUCCUCCUCCAAAACAACCUCCUUUCUCUCACAAACAGAUUUUCUUAAAUUCCCAGUCCUCCUCACAAGAUGAAUUCAAAUAUUACUCUGUAAAUGAUGUGACUAUUUCAAGCGUUCAAGGCCGGUAGGAAACAAGUUCUUGAGAUGAACAAUAACUGAUGCAUAGAAACUGGAAUCCUUUAGUUUGCUGUGUGAUCUGUUUUGGAUUUUGUUUUCUAAUUGUUUAUUUACCCAGGGAUUUUUGAAAAUUGCUUUUAGAAAAUUUAUGUAUUUGAUUAAGACUUUAAAUUGAAUAAUUGCUGUGGAGAUUUUGAUCUAAUAAAAUUAUUUAUUUGAG